GAGGAGGGGAAUCAGGCGAAAAUGGCUCUCAGGUCUGAAAACCGAAAGCAACUUUCGCAAUCACGUGGCACCGCGGAGAAGGGCGAAGAGGCUCCGUUUUGCGGCUCGCCGGAGAGGAGGAACUAGCCUGGACGGGGGUCUCGGAACAAAAGCGAUCCUGACAGGUUUCAUUAUGACAUCCUCCCCUUCACUCUCCUGCUCCCACAGUUCCCCCAUGGGUACUCAAAGACCUCUCAUCGUGCCCUGGCUAAUGGAACAGCUGGACACCCAGCGGUACCCGGGACUAUCAUGGCUGAACCCAGAACGGACCCUGUUCCGAGUGCCGUGGAAACAUGGCUCACGGCAGAGUAUUUGCUACGAGGAUUUCCAGCUCUUUGAGGACUGGGCCAUUGCCAGAGGCCGCUAUCGCCCAGGCAUUGACCAGCGGACGCCUUCCGAGUGGAAAAGGAACUUCCGCUCAGCCCUGAACCGGAAGGAUGGGAUCCGCAUGUUUCAGGAUAACAGCACAGACUCCGAAGACCCCCACAAGGUGUUUGAAAUCCUGCAUGCCACAAAUCUGAAUGACUCUGCCCAGGGGACAGCAGUCGGGGACGUUUCUCCUACCCUGUCUGGGAGCACGGGACUGUGCGGGGACAGUUCCUCCUCUUCUCAGGGCGAUAUCCUGGAGAGCGUGCUGAGUUCCCUGGAAUUUUCCAGCCCCGCAGAAGGAGCAGAGAAUCUAGCUUGCACUGGAGGCCUGCCCCCAUUCAGCUUGGAUAUGAAUCUCCCUGCAAUCGCAGAGCCACAGCUGGAUCAGAUACUGGGAGCUGAUAUGUUUGGAGCAGAGAAUCCCGCUUUCUGUGGAGGCGUGCCCCCAUCCGAGUUGAAUCUAGUUCCAUCCACAACUGCAGCAUCUCCCCUGCAGGACCUCUUGAGUAGCAAUAUCUUCGAGUCAUAUUUUGAGGUCCGAGUCUACUAUCGGGGUCGGCUGGUCCUCUCCGACACAUUCCAGAACGUGCGAGGCCUGUGCUUCGUGCCUCCAGGCUCCCAGGGCCGCUACCCCGAUUUGGCAGACGUGAUCCUGCCUGACCCAGUCUGCUUGAACGACAGUCUGCAAGCGACCUACACUCAGCGCCUUCUGCGAGGCGUGGCUCCGGGGGUGCUUCUCCGUAUCGAGGGUACGACUCUGUGCGGCAUGCGCCAAGGCCAUUGCCAUGUGUCCUGGAGCCAGUCGGAGAUGCCUGAAGACAAGACUCCUCACGGGGUUCUGCCGAAGGAACAGUUGGGUCCCAUUUACAGCAUGCAGCAGUUUGUGCAAGACCUGGUUGGAUAUAUGGAAGGCAAACGGGGAUCUCCUAAUUACACCUUGUGGCUAUGCUUUGGGGAAGAUUGGCCAGACACUGGCCGGCCCUGGAAGAAAAAACUGCUCAUGGUGCAUGUCAUCCCGAAGUCACUGGAAAUUCUCUACGAGUUGAGCCAGUGCAAAGGGGCCUCAUCAUUAAAUGGAGCAGAGCCGGACCUAAGGAUAUCGGACUCGCUGCAGGGAUCCUUUCUGGACCAACUGAGAGAAUGGGGAGAGAAGAUGGAGGUGCAGUUUAAUUAGCUGCACAAAACUUUUAUCCCCCUCCUUUCAGAGGUAGCUGCAGAUUUGGGUCCUCUUCCUCAGACAGCUUUCAGUGUUUCUCUUACGCAGCAGAAUCGACACUCCUUUUUGCGACUCCUAAGAAAGGGGCAUGCCGGCAGGCCCUUUGGUGGAGAUGGUCACUGCUCUCUUGCACAAACCUUCCACUGAGGCAGCUGGCAGUCGCUGUCGGUUUCUAUUAGCAUCCCUGUAUGCAGAGGAUAUUCAAGAGUUUGUGGGGGGGAUUUCGUUUGGUU